UUCUCAUAUUACACUUGAACUUACUAUUUCUCUUCACAUCUGAUUUCUACCACCGAAGGAGAUACAACAAUGACUAUCAAUGAAAGUGAUAAGCUUGGUGGUCACAAUGGUUUCCAUGGCGCCGCCUUCGCCCGGCCCGAUGGGGGCUUUCCUUCUCGCCCAGGGAAUGCAGCCAACGAAUGGUCGGAGAAAGAACCAUUAACGCUGCAUGAAGAGCAACGCCAGCUCAAACACUGGACGGACCAAUUGCUUCUGAGUCGUCCUGCGAAAUUCAUUUGCGACAUGCCACGCCCUGAGACUUUGUCUGGCCAUGUUGAUCAAGAAACCCUGCGGAUCGAAGGCUCAUUGUAUAACAAAAUGCAACAAUACUGCGAGUCCCACCAAGUUUCUCCUUUAACAGUACUGCUGGCGGCUUUUAGGGCUGCUCACUAUCGCUUGACGGGGAUGGAAGACGCUACAAUUGGCGUUCCCAAGGAGGGUCAUCGAACUGAGGACUCGAGAAAUGUGGCAGAUGUUCUCCACAAGUUUCAAUGUUUUCGUCUCAUCAUUGAUGAUGAAACAUUUCAGGAUCUGGUAGAUCAAAUUGGAACAACGGCGGCUAAUAUGAGAGCCAAUCGAGAUGUCUCUAUUGAGAAGGUUGCCGCCCGCUUAGAUGAAGAAAGAGAUUUUCGCCGUCAGCCACUUCUACAGGUCGCCUUUUCAUUCUAUACUCAGGAUGCUCCGCCACCGAAAACUUCUAUGAGUUGUGAUACGGACCUUAGCUUCCAAAUAUUUGAUAGCCAUAACAGCCUAGAAUGUUAUGCUGUAUUUUCUGCGGAUCUCUAUGAAAAGGGGACAGUGAACAACAUUCUUUCUAUCUUCCAGAAGACACUUGAGGGUUGCCUGUAUGCGCCAACAACACCUAUCAAAGAAAUAACUCUACUGGGGACUAAGGACUUUGAAACACUCGACCAAAUGGGUUUCCUUCGAGCCGAGAGAACUGAUUACCCCCGCGAACUUAGCGUGGUAGAUGUCUUCCGGCAGCAGGUCUCGGGUAACCCUACUGGAGUGGCGAUUAGAGAUCGCUCUGGCUCAGUCACAUAUUUUGAGUUGGAUGAAAGGUCAAACAAAAUUGCCUCUUGGCUUUUGAAACAAUGCUUAGCUCCGGAAACCCUCAUUGGUGUUCUGUCAUCAAGAUGCUCUGAGACUAUUAUCGCUUUUAUGGGAAUCUUAAAGGCAAACCUGGCAUAUUUACCGCUGGAUACGAAGACUCCAGAUUAUCGCAUGAAAUCCAUUAUUUCUUGUAUGACAGGAAGAAAAAUAAUCUUCUUGGGCCCUGAAACGGAAGCUGCCAAUGACCUGGGUGAGAACGAAUAUGUACGCAUAUCCCAAGUUCUUCAUGAUACCGAUGAGAACAAAGACAUCUCAUGCGAACCAACUGGUUAUAUUUCACCCUCUGCUACAAGCCUUGCCCAUGUCUUGUUUACUUCUGGCUCGACCGGCCAGCCAAAAGGCGUCAUGAUCAAUCACCGCGGCAUUGUACGGCUUGCCAAAAGUAACAUCAUGACGCACGUUCCAUCGCACAGCAUUACAGCACAUAUAUCGAAUGUAGCUUUUGAUGCUGCUACUUGGGAGAUUUAUAGUGCCAUUCUAAAUGGUGGUACACUGGUCUGCAUUGACGAAACGACAGUACUGGACUAUGCUUCCAUGAGUGAGACAUGUCUUCGUGAGAAUAUUCAAACUGCUCUAUUUACAACGGCACUUUUCAAGACGUACGCUCAAAAUGCCCCGGAAGUCGUGACCCGUCUCAGCGUGGUUUUUAUUGGUGGCGAACGGCUUGAUACCAACGACCUUCCCACAGCAUUGAAAGCAAUGCCCGGAAAGAUUGUAAAUUUGUAUGGACCAACGGAAAACACAACGGUCAGUACAAUGUACUGCUUGCAGGAAACGAAACAUUGCAGUAACGGUGUGCCUAUCGGACGUGCAAUCAGCAACUCUGGUGCAGUUGUCAUGGAUUCGAAGCAGUGUCCAGUUCCCUUGGGCGUCAUAGGCGAGUUAGUCGUAUUUGGCGAUGGUCUUGCCAGAGGAUAUCUUGACCCUAAAUUAGACGAUGGACACUUUAUGCAGAUUCGAAUUGGCAACGAGUCGGUCCGAGGCUAUCGAACAGGCGACCAUGUUCGCCAGCGUUUAGAUGGGCAACUGGAAUUCUUAGGGCGUAUAGAUGGACAAGUCAAGAUCAGAGGGCAGCGUGUUGAGCUCAGGGAAGUCGAAUGCGCCUUACGAGGCCACAAGCUCGUCCAUGACGCGGUUGCUGUUCUUCUUCAUGGCGCUACGAAUGGGGACUCAGAUAAUGCUCACAUUGCCGGAUUUGUCACGAUUGGCGCAGACCUUGAAGAUGAAGCUCAGGAUGGUGAUGAACACCAGCUUGUUUCCACGUGGAAAGACCGAUACGAUGGCGACUCGUAUACAGGAUUCGAUAACAUUCAGAUGGAUGCUUACGGAAGAGAUUUCACUGGCUGGACAUCGAUGUUUGACGGAAAGGACAUCGACAAGGCCGAGAUGAAUGAGUGGCUUGAUGAUACAAUAGCUACAAUAGCCACAGUUCUCAACGGCGAGCCUCCAGGUCAUGUGCUUGAAGUCGGUUCUGGAUCUGGCAUGAUUCUUUUCAACAUUCGUGAUGGUCUGCAGAGCUAUGUAGGACUUGAUCCCUCCGAACGAGCCAUCAAUCUCAUUGGAAAGAUAUCAAAAUCAUUUCCCGAGCUAAAUAACAAGGUGACUAUGUACAAGGCCGCUGCUGCAGAUGUUCGCCGAUUGGAUAUGGCUGCUACACCUCCUAACCUGGUUAUUUUGAACUCAGUGGCUCAGCACUUCCCCAGUCAGGAAUAUCUAUACCGAUUUGUCGAGGAUUUGCUUCAAAUCGGUACGGACAUGACCCUUUUCUUUGGCGACAUUCGGUCUUAUGCUCUCCAUAAAGACUUUCUCGCUGCUCGCGUGCUAAGAACGGUUGGAGAAGAAGUCAAGUUGGAUACAAUCCGCCACAUGGUGGCAGAUAUGGAGAAGGCCGAGUUGGAGCUUCUCGUUGACCCAGCUUUUUUCACCGGCCUGGCGCUGCGCCUACCAGAUCGGAUUGGGCAUGUCGAGAUCAUACCAAAGAAGAUGAGCGCCACGAACGAAUUAAGCUGUUACAGGUAUACCGCAGUUGUGCAUGUGAAGGCUGGCAGCCACCAAGCUUCUGCAGCUGCAUACAGGCAACAUGUUCGACAUAUCCCUCAAAGCGACUGGAUAGAUUUCAUGGAACAACGUCUAGAUCGAGAAUCGCUCUUACACUUGCUUCAAGCAUCAUUUGACUCUUCUGCCUCUACCCUAGCCAUUGGCAACAUCCCUCAUACAAAGACCAUACUUGAGAGGCAUAUGGUUGAGUCAAUCAAGACUGAUAAAAGCAAUGAUUUUGACGGGAAUUGGAUCACUUACAUACGGCAAAGAUCCGAGAGCUGCUCUCAUCUUUCAGUCACUGAUCUGCACGCUCUUGCGGAGGAAGUCGGAUAUUCCGUCGAGAUUAGCUGGGCCAGGCAGUACUCCCAACGAGGCGGGCUCGAUGCAGUCUUCUACAAAUAUGCGCCAGAUAAGAGAGGGAAAAGAAUUUUAUUUAACUUUCCUACCGAUCAUCAGAGUCGUCCAUACCAAUCGCUCAGCAGUCACCCUCUGAAACAUCAAAUUCAACGAAAAACACAAGAGCAGCUCUACCAGCUGGUGAAGACACAGCUGCCUCAAUACAUGAUACCUCAGACCAUCACAGUUUUAGAUCAAAUACCCGUCAAUGAAAACGGAAAAGUUGACCGCCGAGCUUUAGUAAACAUUGUUCAGUCUCAGAUAACGGAGCGUGCGUCGAUACAACAACCUACAUCCGAAGUCGGACGACAGAUGCAGGUUAUCUGGGCAAAGGUCCUUCAUAUGGAGCCACAAGCAAUCGGCAUCAAUGACAACUUUUUCAAUCUUGGAGGAAACUCGAUUGCUGCAAUGAAGGUUGCCGCGGCGGCUCGAGAUAUUGGUUGGAAGCUCUCAGUAGCUGAUAUCUUCUACAGCCCAACCCUAUCUGAUUUGUCAAUGACGGCUUCCAAGUCUACCUCAAUCAUGACAAAGAUCCCAGUAACUCCCAAAAUAGGCUCUGUCGCGCAAUCUCAUGCGCAGGAACGCCUUUGGUUUCUGGAGCAGCUCUAUCCUGGCUUGGAAUGGCACUUGAUUCCAUGUGCAGUCCAUUUUAGGGGGCCGCUUCAACUAGAUGCUCUCUCUUCUGCGCUUCUUGCCCUUGAAAAGCGACACGAAACCUUGCGGACAACAUUCGAUACCAUUGAGGGCGAGAAUGUACAGAAAGUACAUCUAUUCCAGCCAAAUAAACUCAGAGUUCAUAAUAUUCAGGCCGAUCGGCCGAACAGCCUCGUAGAAGCGCUGCAUAAAGAGCAAACGACUCCGUUUGAUCUGCGCAAAGAUCCGGGUUGGCGGGUAUCCGUGUUUAAAUUGAGCAACGAACACCAUGUAUUAUCUAUUGUCAUUCACCAUAUUAUAUGUGAUGGGUGGUCUCUUGAUGUUUUACGCAAAGAGUUGGCCACUCUAUAUAAGGCCGCCCUACACGAGAAGGACCCUCUCUCAGCUAUUGAGCCACUAGCCGUGCAAUAUAGCGACUAUGCUCUUUGGCAGAAACAACAAGACCAAAUUGAUGAGCAUAACCGUCAGCUCGAGUAUUGGACAACACAGCUUGAAUCUGGUCGACCCGCAGAACUGCUCUGCGAUAAGGUCAGGCCAGCUACGAUAUCGGGCAGGGCAGACCUCCAAGAAUUCAAGAUUGAAGGAGCAAUCUAUGAGAAUCUCCAGAAAUUCUGCAGAGAUUACCAAGUAACGCCAUUCAUGGUCCUUUUCGCGGUUUUCCGAGCCGCUCAUUACCGGCUCACGGGCGCUGAAGAUGCUACAAUCGGAACGGCCAACGCAGGUCGUGACCAUGGGGAGCUCAAUGCUUUGAUUGGUCUCUUUGUGAACAUGCAAUGCAUAAGGACUAAGGUCGAAAACACCACAACAUUCGAGAAUCUAGUUAGAGAGGUUCAGGCCAUGACUAUUGCGUCCUUUGCUCACCAGGAUGUCCCAUUCGAGAAAAUUGUGUCGGCGUUAAGGAAAGAAAGAGACUUAUCCCGCAGCCCACUCGUUCAGAUUGUGUUUGCAUUACAUUCGCAGCUAAGGCUUGCGGAGUUUGCGUUAGAAGGCGUGGAAGCUGAACCGAUCACACCGCCGAUGACUUCAAGAUUUGAUCUCGAGUUUCACCUCUACCAAGAAAAAGACGCCUUGAAAGGACAAAUAAGAUUUGCAACUGAUCUCUUCAACUUUAAUACAAUUGACAAUCUGAAGUCGAUCUUCCUUCGAAUUCUAGAACAGGGACUCACCAGCCCAAAUGUAUCAAUCGAAUCGCUAUCCUUAAUGACGAAGGAAGAAUACGCGAAGCUCGACUCUAUGAGACUCUUGGAGAUAGAAUCAACCAAUUACCCUCGUAAUUGCAGUCUCGUCGAAGUCUUUCAGCAGCAAGCCGCUGCCAAUCCGGAUGAAGUGGCAGUGAGAGAUGGCCCUAUCAGUCUUACGUAUUCCCAGCUGGAUGAGAAGUCAAAUCACCUGGCCCAAUGGUUGCGCAGGCACUCAUUUGCUCCGGAAACACUUGUUGGUGUUCUUGCUUCUAGAUCUCAUCUCACCAUUAUCACCUACCUGGGUGUACUCAAGGCCUGCUUAGCUUAUCUUCCCCUGGACCCAACAAGCCCUCUCAGUCGAACCAAAGUCAUUCUUUCGUCAGUCAAGGACUGUAGGCUAAUUUUGGUUGGACCUGAUGCUGAGGAUUAUGCGACGCAGCUGGACAAUAUUAAUUCUGAGAGCAUCACAAGCAUCCUCGAGUGUCCCAUCUACGCCAAUGGGGACGUUCAAAAGCCACUCACCAACCUCUUUCCUGCAUCAGAUAAUCUUGCAUAUAUCAUGUUUACCUCAGGUUCAACGGGUCAGCCCAAGGGUGUCAUGAUCCAACAUGGCGGCAUUCUUCGACUAAUCGAAAACAAGAAGAUGGUCCAAGAUCUACCAGAUGCCGUAAACACAGCCCAUAUAGGAAGUGUGACUUUCGAUGCAUCGACGUGGGAGAUUUAUCCCACGCUACUGAACGGUGGUACUCUAAUAUGCUUCAGUUCUAUGGAAUUGCUGGAUUAUAAAACACUACCAAAAGCAUUUGCCGAUGAGAACAUACAGUCGAUGUUCAUUACGCCCGCUCUAUUGAGACAGUAUCUUGUUCACUGCCCCGAUCUGUUUCGUGGAAUACAUACACUUCAUAUUGGCGGAGACCGACUUGACACGCAAGACGCAUUUACUACGAUGAGACUAAUCACUGGCAAAGUCUUCAACUGCUAUGGACCAACUGAAAACACCUGUAUAAGUACAUAUUUCCACAUUUCUAGUCCUACUCCAGAGAAUUGCGUUAAUGGGGUACCUAUUGGCCGUGCAUUCCCGAAUUCUGGAGCUUUUGUAAUGGACUCACACCAGCAACUUGUUCCUCUCGGUGUAGUUGGAGAACUUGUUGUCACUGGCGACGGUCUUGCGAGAGGAUAUAUUAAUCCAAAUCACGAUCUAGACCGUUUCAUCUCAAUCAAAAUUGCGGGAAAAGAGAUGAGAGCUUAUAGGACCGGAGAUUACGUACGAUACCGGCGAGAGGACGCGCAACUGGAGUUCUUGGGCCGAAUGGACAAUCAGAUCAAGAUUCGGGGUCAGCGUCUUGAGCUUGGCGAAAUUGAGCAUGCCAUGCUCAGCUAUAAGGCUGUCAAUGAAGCCGCUGCAGUGAUUCGAAAGGUUCAAGAUGAUGAAGCGAGUCAAGAAGCAACAAUUCAUGGCUUUAUUACUCUUACAGAAGACGAUAGUGCUGCCCAAGACCAGGUUCUUGAAAUGCUUCGUCAACAGUUGCCCUCUUAUAUGGUGCCACGGACAAUCACUAUUCUUGACAAAAUGCCCAUCAAUAGCAGCGGCAAAAUGGAUCGACAAGCGCUUGCUAAGCAACGUGUCGAUGGCAGAUCGAAGAGACCAAUGCAACAGCAGCCAUCAACCGAGGCACAGCGACAACUUCAGUCAAUAUGGGCCAAAGUUCUGGCUAUUGAGCCGUCAACCGUGGGAUUGGAUGACAACUUCUUCCUUUUAGGCGGAAGCUCAAUUGCCGCGAUGAUAGUGGCCGCUGAGAUUCGAAAAGCUGGCUACCAUGUUACCGUCGCUGAUAUUUUCAACCAUCCAGUCCUCCGUGAUCUAUCCAGUCAAGUUCAACCGAUAGCGAGUCGUGUCACGGAAAUAUUUGCACCCUUCUCUCUCUUAGGUAGCGCAUUUAACAAGAUGGAAUUCUUACAAGAGCUUUCGAGUCAAUAUAACAUAGACCCCACGCUUGUUCGCGAUGCAUACCCUUCUACAUAUUUGCAAGAAGGUCUCUUGUCCCUCACCUCCAAGCAAGAUACCGGCUAUGUUAUGCGGGCAGUUUUCAAACUAUCGUCGUCAAUCAAGGUGGAGAAAUUACGAGACGCAUGGCAAACUGUAUUUCAUGCCUUGCCCAUCUUACGCACCAGGCUUAUCCAGCAUAGCACACAUGGUACUGUACAAGUCGUCGUGGAUGAAAAGAUCCAAUGGGCCACCGCAUUUAACCUGGAUAAAUAUCUAGAGGCAGAUGCUAAACAUCAAAUGGGACCUGGAAAGCCGCUUACAAGAUAUGCCGUUGUUCAAGAUACUUCAGGACUGGAUAAGUGGCUUGUCUGGACGGUUCAUCAUGCUCUUUAUGACGGAUGGUCACUGCCACUUAUCCUAGAUUCAGUAAGGAAAGUCUACCAAGGCAGCAAACUGAAUUCAGGACCACAAUACCAGGCAUUCAUUAACUAUAUCACGCAUCAAGACCAUGCUCAGACCACCAGAUACUGGAAGGAGAUGUUGGAUGGCAGUGGAUGCGUCUCCUUCCCCACACUGCCUCCUUUUAUAGACCAACCUGCAGCUGAUAAAUCUGUUGAGUACUCCAUUUUACAACCACGGCAAAGACUCUCUGGUGUAACGACAUCUAAUAUAGUCCGCGCCGCAUGGGCUCUUGUGGUAGGAAGAACAACUGCUGUCGAAGAAGUUGUCUUUGGCGCGACAGUAUCUGGGAGGAAUGCACCAGUGGACGACAUUGGCAUGAUGAUUGCACCAACUUUUGCAACGGUCCCAAUACGGAUCAAGUUGACUCGCGCUCACAGCGUGGGCAAAUACUUGACAAUGGUGCAGGAACAGGCAACAGAGAUGAUUCCGUAUGAGCAGACGGGCUUACAGAGAAUUGCUGCCGUGUCUCCGGAGGCAAAGCAUGCUUGUAGGUUCCAGACGCUCCUCGUCAUUCAGUCACAGCACGCCAGUGAAACAGAUGUGCAAGGCGGAAUUGAGUUGGACAAAGACUACACACAAGGACGGCCAGCCGAUACCUACGGAUUGGUUCUCGAACUAAACAUUAUGGGGGACUCCAUUCAAGUCUCAGCAUCAUUCGAUUCCAGGAUGAUUGAAUCCUGGAUGGUAAAGAGCUUACUGGAACGGCUAGAUAAUGUCAUGAAUCAGCUGGACCAGGCAAGCCCAGAGCAACCAUUAUCUCAAGUUGCAAUGAUAUCAUCUCAAGACAUUAAGCAAAUUUGGGAUUGGAAUCGGGCUGUCCCUUUGGCGAUACACCGAUGCGCACAUGAGCUCAUUGAGGAGCGAUCAAAAGCCUAUCCUGCCUCGACUGCGGUUUGCGCUUGGGACGGAGAACUCACUUAUGGGGAGCUCAUGCGCCUUGCUGAUAGUCUUGCACAGUACUUAACGUCACUGCAGCUAAAUGAUGUAACAAUCAUUCCGAUUUGCUUUGAGAAAUCUCUGUGGACGAUAGUUGCGAUAUUUGGGGUUUUGAAGUCUGGUGCGGGCUUCGUCCUCCUUGACCCAUCGCUCCCGGAACAGCGACGACAAGCAAUCAUUCAACAAGUUGAACCAAAAUUUGUCUUGUGUUCAGCCUCGCAGGAAGCAUCAUGUGUAGGCCUGGCGCCUAAAGUCAUCGCCAUCACUCCACAAUUCUUUGCAAUGCACUCGCAGGUCCAGACGCAGGUCCAUUCGCAACUCCGCCGCUGCAAUCCGACUUCACCGAUGUACAUGGUAUUCACAUCAGGAAGUACUGGAACACCGAAAGGCGUUGUUGUUACCAAUGAAAAUUAUGCAACGGCGCUCGAACAUCAAAAAUUGGACUAUGGGCUCACCAAGGCCUCGAGGUUUUCUAGCAUUGCAUCCUAUAGUUUUGAUGCGUCGAUUGAGGGCAUUUUCCGCCCCUUAUACGUUGGUGGGUGCUCAUGCGUAUUAAGUGAGCAUGACAUUAGAACCAAUCUCGUCCGAAGCAUGAACGUUCUAAAGAUAAAUUCUUUGAUAACGAUACCUUCGGUUCUUCGUUUGCUAUCCCCGGAUCAAGUACCUGGUCUGCGGAUCAUACUGAUAGGAGGAGAAGCUGCCUGUCGCCAGGAUGUCGAAGAAUGGUGGGGCAAGGCAAAGAUUAUCAAUCUAUACGGACCCAGCGAAUGCUCUCCUGUGACUACUAUUAAUAAUUCGGCCACGAGCCCUGAAGCUGUUUGCAGUAUCGGAAGAGGAGUUGGAUUGGUGACCUGGGUCGUGGAUCGAGAUAACCACAACGUUCUAGUGGCUCCUGGGUGUGUAGGCGAGCUUGCUAUCGAAGGCCCUUCAGUUGGCCCGGGAUAUCUCAACGAUCCAGAGAAAACUACGGCAGCAUUCAUCGAAGACCCUCUGUGGCUCUUGAAUGGUGCGCCGGGGCAGGCGGGAAGACAUGGUCGAGUUUACAAGACAGGCGAUUUGGUUCGCUACAACGCGGACGGCAGCCUGAGAUACAUCGGCCGAAAAGACUUUCAGAGAAAGAUCCGUGGCCAGCGUAUAGAGCUUGGUGAAGUGGAGCAUCAGUUGGAAAGUCUAUUGAAUCACCCAGGCCAGAUAAUAGCCGAUAUCAUCGAGCCACAAGGCGACACUUCGAGCUCAAUGCUCGCAGUGUUUGUCCAAAAGACAGAUACUCAGAAUUUGAUUCAGGAGAGCUCCAAGGACGAAGAUGUGUCUGUAUCAGCGAUGCCAUCUCAUGUAACCCGCAGGCUAUCUGAGAGAUUGCCUCAUUACAUGGUGCCCACAAUACUCUUCACUCUGAAUAACAUGCCCAAGAAUGCAUCAGGAAAAACUGAUCGUCAAAAACUACGCCAAAUAGGUGCCUCCUUUACAAACAAACAGCUAGCUGAAAUGCAAACAGCCAGGGGCGAGCCAAAGCAGUCUCCGAGAUCGCAAAAGGAGCGACAGAUUCAAGAAAUCUGGGCAAGGACACUGGGAAUUGAUGCAGAAUCAAUUGGGCUUGAUGACAGUUUCGUUCAUCUAGGAGGCAAUUCCAUCACCGCCAUGAAAGUUUCUGGAGAGGCUCGCAAAUAUGGAAUCGAACUUCGCAUUACCGACAUAUUUGGCCAUCAAACGUUGCGCGGCGUAGCAGAACAGGCUUCUGUAUUAAAAGGCUGCGAGGAUACGAUUCCGCGUUUGCAGCAGUCUGGGCAGGUAGAACAAUCGUUCGCUCAAGAACGCUUAUGGUUCCUGGACCAACUUCACUCCAAUCUGCAGUGGUAUAUGAUGCCGUUGACGUUUCGUUUACGAGGACCACUCCAGUAUAAUGCUUUGGAAGCUGCUCUUCAGGCAAUUGAGCGACGCCAUGACACUCUGCGAACCACGUUCGAGUCAAACGAUGGCAUCAACAUGCAGCAGGUGCACGCUUUCCAGCCCCGUAAGCUGAAAGUGACGGAGAUACCCUCUUCGAAUCAAGAGCAUCUUGACAAGAUGCUGGAGCUGGAACUUACAAGACCAUUCGACCUUGGGAUUGAGCCUGGCUGGAGGGUGACACUUUUCAAGUGCUCAGAUGACGAUCACGUCUUGUCAAUUGUCAUGCACCAUAUAAUAUCUGAUGGCUGGUCAGUUGAUGUUUUACAAAGAGACUUGGCAGUCUUCUAUUCUGCAGCUCUUCGAGAUGACCAAGAUCCGACCUCUUCCGUUGAUCCACUACCCAUUCAAUACACCGACUAUUCAAUUUGGCAGAAGCAACAAGACCAGGCUGAGAGUCAUCAACAUCAAUUAAACUUUUGGGUUGAACACUUACAGUCAAGUAUUCCCGCAGAGCUGCUUUGUGAUAAGCCAAGGCCACAAUCUCCUUCGGGCGCAGCAGAUGUUCACAACAUUAGAAUCGACGGAUCUCUGUAUCGUGAUUUACAGACUUUUUCCAAACUCCAUGGCGUGACUCCGUUUGCCGUAUUGUUGGCGGCAUUCAGGAUUAGCCAGUAUCGCCUAACAGGUGCUACAGAUGCUACUAUUGGGAUUCCCAACGCCAAUCGAAACCGUUGGGAAGUAAAAGAUCUCAUCGGAUUCUUUGUCAAUAUGCAAUGUAUUCGGACUGUUAUAACCGGACAAUCUUUUGAAACGCUUGUUGGCCAAGUCCGCGAUGAGAUGUUGUUAUCUUUUGCGAAUCAAGACGUGCCAUUUGAAAAGGUCGUGGCAAGUCUAGAAAAAGAUAGAGAUUUAUCCCGCCACCCCCUGCUGCAGAUUGUCUUUGCCCUUCAUUCACAGCGAGACCUCGGAAAACUCAAACUUGAAUCUAUCGAUGCAGAGCUUAUUGCUCCUGCAACUACCACUCGAUUCGAUCUCGAGUUCCAUUUCUUUCAGGAAGACGAGGCUUUGCAGGGCCAGGUGAUUUUCUCAACAGAUCUGUACUACAGCGACACAAUUAGCAAUAUGACAGCCAUCUUCCGCACCGUUCUAGAACUUGGUAUUGCUUCUCCUACCAUGGCAGUCGACUCUCUGCCGCUGCUUAGAGACGACGGUUUACUCAAGAUGAGACAAUUAGGAAUAUCUCAUAUCAUACAGACAGACUACCCGCGAGACUCCAGCAUUGUUGAUGUCUUCAGUCAGCAAGUAGUUAAGCAAGCCAACAAAGUGGCAGUAAAAGAUUCGACUAGCCAAUUGUCAUAUAGCGAAUUGGAUGAGAAAUCUACGAUGCUAGCAAGUUGGUUGGCACGUCGAGCGCUGUCUCCAGAGACAUUGGUCGGAGUGCUCGCGAAUCGAUCAUGCCUUACAAUUGUCGCAUUUUUAGGAAUAAUUAAAGCCAACCUCGCCUAUCUGCCUCUGGAUACAAGAACUCCGGCCGGCCGUAUGGAGACAAUCUUGUCCUCUAUACCAGGUCGCAGGCUUGUCUUGCUCGGACCUGGGGUGGAACGCCCAACCUUAUCCCUCCCCAGCACCGAUUUCGAAUUCGCUUCAGUUGAACAAAUUAUAUACGAAAUGACUCAAAAAGCGGUGCAACCCCUCGCAUUAGCAAGGCAACCUUCUGCAACAAGCCUGGCAUAUGUCAUGUUCACUUCUGGAUCAACCGGUCUGCCGAAGGGAGUGAUGAUUGAGCAUCGAAGCAUCCUUCGAACUGCAGAAAUAGUCACUGGAAUGCAACACCUUUUGCCUGAUUUAGUCAUUGCGCACGCUUCAAACAUCGCAUUCGAUGCCUCGACCUGGGAGAUAUAUACUGCUUUGCUAAAUGGCGGGACAGUGAUCUGCCUUAGCCACACGACCUUGUUAGAUUACCGGAUGCUGAGAACAGUCAUUGAAGAGGAACAUAUUCAAGCCUUGUGUAUUACACCUGCUUUACUUAAACAACAUCUUCUUCACCGCCCGCUUCCUAUCAGUGGAGUAGAGGUACUAUAUGUCGUAGGAGAUCGUCUUGAUCCCCGCGAUAUUGCAACUGUGAAGAGCCUUAAACACACGAAAAUUGUAAAUGGCUACGGGCCAACCGAAAACACCACUUUCAGCACGCUAUACGAGAUCACAGAUGAUGAGCUUAUGACCAACGGGGUCCCUAUUGGUCGCCCAUUGAGAAAUUCUGGCGCUUACGUGGUUGAUUCGCAGCUACAACUGGUGCCUCUCGGGGUUAUUGGCGAGCUCUUAGUGACAGGUGAUGGUCUCGCUAGAGGCUAUUUGGAUACACAACAAAAUUCAGGCCGAUUUGUCUCAUUCAAAGUCAAUGGGGAAACAACCAGGGCCUAUCUCACAGGUGACUAUGCGCGAUAUCGCAGUGACGGACAGCUAGAAUAUAUUGGCAGGAAGGAUGGUCAGAUCAAAAUUAGAGGCCAGCGUGUGGAAUUAGGAGAAAUUGAACACGCUAUGAGAAUUCACAGAUCUGUUGACGACGCAGUUGCGGUCUUGACACAACUAGACGGUGGCGAUACAAGUGAACCACAAAUCGCGGGAUAUGUUACCCUCCGCGACGAGGAUGACAGUGGAUCAGUUGAUGAUACGCAGGAACAUGAGCAAGUUAGGGAGUGGGAAGAGCGUUUUGACGUCGAAACGUAUGAACCCCUAACUGAUCUACACCCUGAACAACUCGGAAGAGACUUUGUUGGAUGGACAUCCAUGUACGAUGGCGAGAAUAUUGACAAGACUGAAAUGAAUGAGUGGUUAAAUGACACGAUGGAUGCGAUACUUGGGAGCAAUCCCGCCGAGCAUGUCUUGGAAAUAGGUUCUGGUUCCGGAAUGAUUCUGUUCAAUCUCACAGAAACGUUGAAGUCAUACGUCGGCCUUGAUCCAUCGGAGCGCGCUGUCAACAUGAUAUCCAGCCACCUCAAAAGCUUUCCAGCUCUGAAAGAGAAGACAAAGAUAUACAAGGCAACUGCCGCAGAUUUGAAUCGGCUGGAAGCAUUCGCCACAACAGAAUUCGCCGUCUUCAAUUCCGUUGUGCAGUAUUUCCCUAGCCAGGAUUACUUAUUUAAAGUCAUUCAGAGUCUUGUUAGUCUCGACGGCAUCAAGACAAUCUUCCUCGGCGAUAUCCGCUCUUACGCACUUCACAAAGACUUUUUGGCUUCGAGAGCGUUACACUUGUUAGGUGGUCGUGCGACACCUGCAGAAGUGUCACGAAUUAUUUCCGACAUGGAGCGAGCAGAGUCGGAGCUGCUUGUUGAUCCUUCAUUCUUCACUGCCUUGCCAAGCAGAUUACAGGGCAUAAAACAUGUAGAGAUUUUACCGAAGAGAAUGCAUGCAACUAAUGAACUCAGUUGCUAUCGCUAUGCUGCUAUUCUUCAUCUGACUCUGGAAAGCGAGCGGGAAGUUGUUGAAAUUGAAGGUGACAGAUGGAUAGAUUUCGAAACGCAGGGCUUGAACGCUGAGGCAUUGAAGAAACUGCUACAGAGCCCUUCGUCUCCAUCCAUUCUACCAGUAGCCAAUAUUCCCAACGGAAAGACAAUUCUUGAGCGGCAUAUCGUCGCAUCAAUAUCCGAUCAGACCCGGAAUGAGACAAGCUCGUGGCUCCCUUCAGUUUAUAAAAUGGCCGCAGCCCAUUCCUCACUAUCUGCGAUCGAGUUGGCCUCCAUUGCUCAAGACUCGGGAUAUCAAGUCGAACUCAGCUGGGCUCGUCAACAUUCUCAACGCGGCGGACUCGAUGCUGUGUUCUACCGUGAUGAAUCCAGAGAAAGCAAAACCAAAAGCCAAACGCGAAGACUCUUCCAAUUCCCAACUGAUCAUCUUGACCGACCCUACCAUUCCUUUACCAGCCGUCCCUUAAAACAUUACCUUCGGCAAAAGAUCCAAGACGAAAUCAAAGACCUCGUACAGUCACAAUUGCCACAUUAUAUGGUACCUCACGUCAUAACGGUGAUAGACCAAAUGCCCAUAAAUGAGAAUGGCAAAGUAGACCGUCGAUCCCUUGUCAAGAGCAUGUCAACGCAAAGGGCACGAGCGAUAGCACAGCCGACUUCAGACAACGAAAGGGAAAUGCAACGAAUAUGGGCUGAAGUUUUAAAUAUAGCCCCCGAGAGCAUUGGAACUAAUGACAGCUUCUUCUUCCUUGGAGGAAGCUCAAUAGCCGCCAUGAAAGUCGUCGCCGCGGCCGGCAAAGCUGGAUAUGAGCUCUCCGUUGCAGACAUCUUCCGUACCCCGAAGCUAGGAGAACUCGUCUCCUGCAGCUUUCAGCGAAUCACAAAGGCCACUAAACUAGUCAAACCGUUUGAGUUGUUCAAGGAUCUUGAUAUAAUUUCCUUUAAAAGAGACGUAUCUAAACAAUAUCAGCUACAGCCUGCCAAGAUCGUUGAUGCAUACCCCUGCACCCCCUUACAGGAGGGUCUAUUAGCCCUGACCUCAAAGAGACAAGGCGACUACGUGAUGCAAGCAGUCUUUAGCAUCCAGCCGGGGGUAGUAGUUGGGAAACUGCGUCAGGCAUGGGAAACCGUCUACAAAGCGUUACCACUUUUGCGCACUCGAAUUGUUGAGCACGUUGAUCUCGGCAUCGUACAGGUAGUAAUCGAUGAGUCGCUUCCCUGGGUUGAGGCAACAUCCCUAGAGGAUUAUCUCGAGACUCUACGGGAGCUACCAAUGGGCGUCGGCCAGCCACUAUCCGCCUUUGCCGUGGUCAGUGAUACUACAGGGACACCUAAAUGGCUAGUAUGCACUAUGCACCACGCUUUAUAUGAUGGGUGGUCUCUCUCUCUCAUCAUGGAUGCUGUGGGCAAAGCUUACCGAGACAAGCAAAUAGAACUAGGAAGCCAAUUCCAAGCUUUCAUAAAGUUCAUCAAGGAGCAAGACGAGACCCAGACGAUAAAUUACUGGGAGACGUCUCUGAAAGGCUACGAUACUCUACCAUUUCCAGCUCUGCCAUCAUCGGUUACAGAGGCCAGGACGGACACAUUCGUAGAACACACCAUCCCUCUUCCGCAAACCCGAUCAGACAUCACCACGUCGAAUCUGAUCCGUGCCGCAUGGGCUUUAGUGAUUAGUCGGAUGACCAACACAAAGGAUGUGGUUUUCGGAGCCAUUGUGUCUGGCAGAAAUGCGCCUGUAUCUGGCAUAGACACACUGGCUGCUCCAACAUUUGCAGCCGUGCCUGUCCGUAUCAAGUUGUCCACAACUCAACAUGUUUCGGCAUAUUUAAAGACUGUGCAGCAGCAAGCUACGGACAUGAUUCCAUUUGAACAGUUUGGAUUGUCUCGCAUCUCUCAUACAUCUCUAGGUGCCAAUGCAGCAUGCAAGUUCCAAACGAUACUCGUAAUUCAACCCGAGGAAAUGAGUGAAAUCCCGGACAUUUUAGGAAAGCUUCAGGACGAUGAUCACGAUGCGCAGCGGCCAGACCACUACGGCAUCUCACUUCAAGUGCAGCUUGGCCAGGAAAGAAUCCCAGUUUCAGUAGGAUACGAUUCUCGAGUCGUUGAACCGUGGAUGAUUGACAGGCUGCUUGUUCAGCUUCAAAGUGCUAUGCAUCAAUUAGACUGCGCGAGGCCCUCCCAGACACUAUCAGAAGUUGAUCUGGCCACACCUGAAGACCUUGAGCAGAUCUGGAAAUGGAAUGCAACAGUUCCAUCACCAGUAGAGCGAUGUAUUCAUGAUAUUAUCGAGGACAGGGCCAUCCAAUCGCCAACUGCAGAAGCCAUUUGUGCCUGGGAUGGCACCUUGACUUACGAAGAGCUAUCCUGUCUCUCUACAAAAUUAGCAGUACAUCUAUUAAGCCUCGACGUCGGGCCGAACAUGACGAUACCGCUCUUCUUUGAGAAAUCCAUGUGGACUACUGUCGCAAUGCUCGGCGUGUUAAAGACUGGUGCAGCAUUUGCUCUUUUUGAUCAUUCCAUCCCAGAUGGACGCCUUCGAGCAAUGCUCAGUAAAAUCACCACAAAGUUGAUGCUGUCAUCGAAAGCAUUGGAGGGCUUAGGAUCCAAAUUAUCCAGCAGAGUACUGGCAAUUGACUCAGCGUUCAUCGCCAACCUCCCCAAACGAUCCCAAAAUUUGCCAUCCUGCCCACCCCUUUCAUCUCCCAUGUAUACGGCUUUCACCUCGGGCAGCACCGGAACUCCAAAGGGCGUGGUAAUAUCCCACGGAGCAUUUUCAUCGGCUGUUCACUACCAGUCUGGUGCCACGGGCUAUGACUCUUCUGUCAGAGCUUACGAUUUUACCGGCUAUUCGUUUGACGUCACAAUUGGGACGGCAUUCAUGACUCUCGCAUCUGGAGGGUGUUUGUGCGUGCCAUCAGAUGCAGACCGAAAGAAUAAUCUCACAUCAUCUGUGGUGGCGACCAAGGCCAACCACCUUAGUCUGACGCCCUCUGUGGCUCGCACGCUUCAGCGAGAGCGUCUCGUCGAUCUCAAAGUCUUGGUUCUCGGCGGCGAGGUUGCCAGUCAUGGUGAUUUUCAAGGCUGGCCCAAAGGGGUCUCUAUAUUGAACCUAUACGGCCCAUGUGAAUGCACACCCACGAGCACUAUUCGGCGUUACCCCCAGGAUAACACUAGCCCUUCAAACAUUGGCUUCGGUAUGGGAACAGUCACAUGGAUAACAGACCCGGAUAAUUCACAAAGACUGUCACCCAUUGGGGCCAUCGGUGAGCUUGUUCUCGAGGGCCCUCUGGUCGGCCUCGGUUAUCUUGGAGAGCCGGAAAAGACUGAGUCGGUCUUCGUCAACGAUCCUGCCUGGUUGCUCCAUGGUACAUCCGGAAAUCUUGGACGGGAAGGUCGGCUGUAUAAGACAGGUGACUUGGUUCGAUAUAGCUCGAACGGCAGCCUCGUAUUCGUGGGGCGCAAAGAUACACAAGUCAAGAUUCGUGGUCAACGAGUUGAACUCGGCGAGAUUGAAGAGCGUUUGAGGGACUCCGUUCCAAAUCUGAAAGACGUCGCUGUCGAAGCAAUUACGCGACAUGAUGGGGCUCCGAGUGAUCGAUUGGUAGCAUUUAUAUCCUUCGAUGAGCGAUGUGAAGCAAGAGAAGAUGGAUAUGGCAAAGGGGUCACAGAAAACUUCAAGACACCGCUCAAUGCCCGUUUAAUAGAUUUGCCUCAGCAGGUGGAGGAUUUGCUAUCUGCGAGCCUACCUGGGUACAUGAUUCCAACGGCUUACUUUGCACUUGAUCACAUCCCAACCACGCAUUCAGGCAAGACGGAUCGUCGUCUCCUGCGCAAGAUUGGAUCUACCCUCACAGCAACGCCGACUGCCGAGUCAUGCAGUGUCCCUUCAGAUCUUAAGCGUGCUCCAUCUACAAAGAUGGAACGACUGUUACAUACGACUUGGGCACAGUUUCUAGGCAUUGAAUCCCACACCAUAGGAGUCGACGAUAGCUUCUUUCGCCUUGGAGGAGACUCCAUUUUGGCAAUGAGAAUUUCAGCAAUAGCUCGCACUGAAGGAAUUGACAUCUCAGCCAGCGACAUCUUUCAGGAAAAAACGAUUGCGAAAAUUGCAGCAGCCGCCCGUGUGCAAGAACUCAAACAAGGAUCGUCAUCAUCAUCACCGUUUUCGUCUCCGGAGGCCAUUCUAAGCGUGUACAAACAACUUCCACCGCACAUAGAGGUUCCCAGUGUCAAUUCUAUUGAAGAUGUAUUGCCAUGUAUCGCAAUACAAGAGCGCAUGCUUGAGGCGCGGGCAAGGAAUCCACAAAUCUAUGUAACCGAACUUGGGUUGGAGAUCAGCUCGCGAGACAACGACUCGGUCGAAUUCCAACGGAUUCAGCAAGCAUGGCAAACUGUUGUACGACACCAUAGUUUACUACGUGCCGUGUUUGUACGCAGAUCUCCAGAGGAAGGUGGAUCAUACCAGAUCGUUCUCAAGGAUCCGAUUCCAAGUAUUUCCCUCUUGCGGCAAGAAUUUAAACGCUCGGCACGAAACAAACAAUUUACGGGGGCCUUGUUCUCUGAUUCUAGUCUACAGCACCAUUUAUCUGUCUAUCAGACGGAUGAGACGCGCGCCUAUCUCCAUUUUAAGUUCAACCAUGCCCUUGCAGAUGGCCAAUCUUUCGACAUCCUUGUCCGAGAUUUCCAGCUUGCAUACGACAAUCGUCUUGAAUCUCAUUGUCCACCAUAUUCGAGAUUUCUCCAGUAUGUUAUGACACAGCCUCACGAACAUGAACAGAGUCGUCACCACUGGGCGAAUUAUAUGGAUGGCAUUGAGCCUUGCUUGCUGCCUGCCUCAACACAGCCUGCCAUCGACGCGCGGGGCACCUUCAGUAUUGAUGUUACUGACCUAGACGCGAGGAAAAUCACAAAAUUCUGUGCAGAGCGAGAGGUCUCCCUAGCAAACAUUCUGCAAGUUGCAUGGGCCCUCGUACUAAAGCGCUGGACAGGAUCGCGAGCUCCCUGCUUCGGUAACAUUGUCUCGGCGCGAGAUGUCCCAGUUGAUGGAGUCGACGAGAUGAUGGGUCCUCUAUUCUAUCUAAUGCCGAGCCACGUUCAGCUAAAUGAUGAUUGCGCUGUUUUGGAUAUUUUGAGGAACACCCGUGAAGAGUUCGUGCAGAACGCGAAGCAUCAAGCUUACUCUGUGGCCCAACUUUGGCGGGAUCUGGGAGCCCGUGGCUCUGACAAGAUGUUCAACACAGCCUUGUCUAUUGCUAGACAUACAAACGUGGCCCAAGAGACAUGCGACGGACAUACAUUCGACGUUCGAGAUGCUUUUGACCCAGUAGAGUACGCCGUCUACAUUAGAGGCGCACUCGGCGAUGAGUGUGUGUACCUCUCAUUGGAGUUCUGGGAAGAGCACACGUCCAGAGCAGAUGGUAGAAAGAUGGCAGCUGAAUUGGGCAAGGCAACAUCACUCAUUGUAUCGCACCCCCAGCGUGACAUACUGAGUCUUGUUAACGAUAUUCAGUAAGAGCAUGGAAUUCACAGGCAGAUACUUAUAUAGCAUAAGAUUAGAUAGUGGCAAGUUAGUAAUAUGAAUUAAAAAAUCGCUCAUGGCAUCUAAUUGACACAAAAUGC